AUGGCUAGCAGAAAUGCCUUGAGGAAUAUCGUUUUGGCUGACCUAAGUAGGAACUUCACUACAUCGGAUGGGAUUAAAUAUGGUGCCGAUUUUGUGGUGUACAGGGGGGACAUGGACGCGGAACACGGAUUCUCACUCAUUUUCAUAAAGGAGGAAAACACCCCCCUAAGUGAUAAGGACAAAACGCUUAUUUGCAGGAUAUGCGAGAGUGUUAAAAAGAAGGGAAUAAUUGCAUAUGUGAAUGGACAUACUAAAGAAAUUAAGUACGUGGAAAUUUUUAGAAAAACGGAAGGAUCCCAUGGUUGA